AUGGAAGAGCUAGAUGCAGCAAGAAGAGCUAAGAUGCAUGAGCUUUUCGGCGAAGAUUUAGAAGACUCGGACGAAAUUUCAGAUCAAAAUGGAGAAGACCUUUUCGGCGAAGAUGGAAUAGUUUCACACGAGGUUUUAGAUCAAGAUGAAGAAGAGCAACAUGAGAACACGGAGGAGGACGAAGAUUUAUUUGGAGUUGAUUGGCUGGCAUGUGAGAAGAUGAUGCAGAAUGGUCCGCAACCUGGUUUGGAAUUUGAAAAUAGGGAUAGUCUGUUUACAGCUUAUCAGGCCUUUGCCAAGGUAGCAGGAUUUAGUGUUUCAACUAGAAACAAACGUGAUAGGUAUCUUAUGAUCUCAUGCGAAAGGGCUCGAAAGCCAAAUGCGAAGAAGUACACCAAAAAGAUGAAUUGUCCUGCUCGUUUGAAUGCAAUAAAACAGGACAACGGCAAGUGGAAAGUUUCCACUGUUUGCAAUGAGCAUAACCAUGAGUUAGAGCCGCACAUGAGUGAAUUUAUGCCGGCACAUAGGCACUUGUCAACCAAUUUGAAGGUUCAUUUAGAUGCAUAUGACCGCGCUGGAUUACGGCUAUGUAAGAGUGUUAGGAUGAUGGAAGUUCUUGCUGGUGGACCACCCAAUUUGGGUGCUUCGAUGAAAGAUUGCAGAAAUUAUGUUGAUAAGAUGAGGAAAUUAAGACUUGGAGAUGGAGAUGCCGCUGCCAUUCAACAAUUAUUUAAGAGGUUGCAACAAAACGAUAAAGAUUUUUUUUAUCUAGUGGAUAUUGACGAUGAUUCUAGACUCCGCCAUGUUAUGUGGAUUCAUCCGCGGAGUCGAGCUGCGUACCAAGAUUUCCACGACGUCGUGAGUUUUGACACGACUUAUCUCGUGAAUCAAUACAAUAUGCCUUUUGGAACUGUGGUCGGGGUUAACCAUCAUCAUCAAUCUAUUCUACUAGGAUGUUGCCUGUUGAGUGACGAGCGUGCAGAAUCAUUUAAAUGGUUUUUUAGGAAUUGGUUGGAUGCAAUGAGGGGUGUUCAACCUACAGCAAUUUUAAGUGAUCAAGAUGAAAGCAUUACAAUUGCAUUGAGAGAGAUAUUACCCGACAGCGUCCAUCGCUAUUGUUUGUGGCAUAUUGUUUCAAAGAGCUCAAAGAAAUUUAAAGGAGUUGCUAAUCUUGAAAUGGCUUGUGCAGAUUUCAAUAGAGUGAUACAUGGCAGCUUCAACAUUAAAGAAUUUGAAGAGAGUUGGGUUGAAUUCCUAGUUAAGCAUAACUUACAAGAAAAUAGUUGGCUCAAGGACUUGUAUGAAAUAAGGCAAAGUUGGAUACCGAUAUACUCCAAACAUAUCUUUUGGGCGGGCAUGAUGUCGACUCAAAGAAGUGAGUCGAUGCAUGCAUUCUUUGAUCAUUACAUUAAUUCGAGAAGUACUUUGAAACGCUUCGUUGAGCAAUAUGAAGUUUGUGUCGUGGAUAAGAUUCGGAAAGAGUUGAGGGCUGAAUAUUCGACGAAAUGCAGGCCGAUUACUUGUAUGUCGCAGUUUAAGUGGGAAGCACAAUUUGCUAAGGUAUACACUAAUAGUGUUAUGGAGUUGUUUCAAAAAGAAGUGAAGAAAAUCUGGAAUUGCAAUCUCAAAUUAUUGGAAAGUGUUGGUAGUAUGAUGGAUAGGUAUGAGAUUGUUGAAACACGUACCUUGAGCACGUACUCUUCUCGCAUUGAACUGCAUUUCAUUGUUGAACAUCGACCUGCAGGGGCCUAUUUUCAGUGCAAUUGCAAGAAAUUUGAGACCAAAGGUAUUUUAUGCUGUCAUAUAUUAAAGCUUUUAGUGUUUAAAAAUAUUGAUCAAGUUAAUGAGAGAUACAUUUUGUGGAGAUGGCGAAAGGAUGUAUAUAGGCCACAUUUUAGCAUAGCUUUUGCAGGUGCGUACCCACACAUGUCGAAAGAGUAUAAGCUAUUUCAGGAGAUGGAACGGGAAUUUUUGAAAUGCAGCGACUUAGCCAUUGAUUCAGAGGAGAAGAUUAGUUUUGUCAAAAAUGAACUCAAAGAAAUUGAAAGAGAGCUUAGGAGAUGGACUCCUGCCAGCGCAGCCAGGCUUAGACGUCAAAAUAGCUCUCAAAUAGGAGAAACUGAUGCGGUUGAUAUUCCUAUUUUAGAUCCAUUGGUUGUCAUUCGAAAAGGAAGACCGAGGACUAAUCGGUUUAAAGAUCCAAUUGAAAUCAAAAGAGGUCGAGGUCGUGGUCGAGCUGGGGGUCGAUGUCGAGGUCGUGUUAGCGAAGGCGAUAUCAAUUAG